AUGCCUAGCUCGCAGUUCGAUCCAAAACGUUACUAUCGCAUUUCCAACACUGUCAACAACUCCACCUUAGCCCUGGGCGUCAAUGCCACUGAACCUCCUCCACCUCUAUCAAUCACCUCGAUCGGCAAGUAUCGGUCGGAAAACUGGCAGAUUUUUUAUGACAAAGGGGUCUAUUUCAUCCGCAACCUGGACUACGAGUCGCGGUAUCAGUUGGGGUUGAAUGCGAGUGAUCAAUCAACCCCAUCAAUGAUGGAGACAGGGAGCGGGUUAGGUAUGCAGUGGAAUAUAACCACAAAUUCUGGGGAUGAUAGUGGAGUUUGGGAAUUGAAGAACCUGUUGGUUGGGCAGGCAAAUAUGCUGGCCCUAGGUCCGAGUUCCUUGACGAAGAAAGUGCCUGUGAUGAAUACGAAUCCGACGGAGGGUAAAUGGAUGAUAGACAUUAAUCCAAGUGCUGGCGACGUAGCGGAUUCGAUGGUGUCACCAUUUCCUUCAAUAGAGGUUGAGCUCAACAGAACCCUCCACCUCGAUAUCAACCAGUAG